UCUUAUUCAUCAGAGUAUAGAGAGGGUCAGGUAAUAGACAAUAUCCAAAGAUCCUUAGGAUCCUGACCUUCCGGCGGAAAGACCACCUGUUCCAGCAUCUGCGCCUUGUCCACCGCCUGGAAACCAUGCCACUCACCGACGGUUGGAAGAAUGUGGCCACGAACUUCUCGUCCCGUUGUGGAUUCUGCGAUAGUCGGAUGACCAGCUGGGACGAUCGAGCUGAUCAUUUAACCAUGCAUUUCCGCCAGGGCUGUACCAUGGCCCAGUGGAAAGGCGACCAUGAGUUCCCGCCGGACAUCGCCGUACAAGUGAGACACAGCGUGCCUCCGUAUCUGCUCGACUUUGAGUCCCGGACCUUUGUUCCCUUCUCUGCCACAAACGGUGCUGUCAAUGAUCAUCUCUCUCAGAUGCUCUCCCGGGCCAGCUUUCGAAACGCACUGGGCGAGCCUAAGACGCCUCCUGACCCGGGAGCUCUGCAGCCGGAGUUGCCUCAGUUGGAUUGUUACACUGAAGUGCUUACUCGCCAUCUGAGUCAUUUUGCGCGAGAGAUGAUGAGCAGCGGCGUGGUUCCGACGGACCAGAUGUUCCAGUCAGAAGCGAGGCGUAUGAUGUUUGGUUCUGAAGACCAAUGGGACCAAACAUUGGCUGAUGUUCCGGAAUGGCUGGCUAGAUUUCGCCGAGAGCAGGGCAACGAUGGGACCCUGCAUGCAUAGAGGUAUCUCCCUUGGAUCCGGUAAUUCUACCACAGUUAUCGGCAGUUG